AUGAACAAAUCCCAGGAACAAGUGUCAUUCAAGGAUGUAUGUGUGGACUUCACCCAGGAAGAGUGGUAUCUACUGGACCCUGCUCAGAUGAUCCUAUACAGAGAUGUGAUCCUGAAAAAUUAUAGCCACCUCAUCUCAGUAGGUUAUUGCAUUAUUAAACCAGAGGUGAUUUUCAAGAUAGAGCAAGGAAAAGAGCCCUGGAUAUUAAAGGAGGGGUUCCCAAGCCAGGGCUACUCAGAAGACUGGAAAGUUGAUGAGCUGAUAGAGAACAACCAGGAAAAUCAAGAUGAACAUUUUUGGCAACUUGUAUUCACCAACAACAAAACAUUAAGUAUAGAGAGUUGUGAUAGAUUCAGUAUUUCUCAGAGAACUCAUUUGGAAAUGGAGCCAUUUAAAUGCAAUAUUUGUGGGAAGUCCUUCCAUCUGGAUUUAAUAUUUAGACAUCAGAGACCACUUACAGGAGUGAAUCCUUGUGAAUGUAAUGAAUAUGGGGAAAUCUUUGACAAUUCAACUUUCAUUAUCCAUCAGGGAGCUUACUCAAGAAACAUUCACCAUGAAUAUAAAGUAAGUGACAAAACUUGGGAAAAGUCAAUCCACUUUAAGCAUCAGAUAGAACACAUGGGGGAAAAACCCUCUGAGUACAAUUAAAAUGGGAAUAAUUUCAGCAAAAAAUUACAUCUCACCCAACUUUGGAGAGGUCACUCAGGAGAAAAAACCUUUGAAUGUGGUGAAUGUGGGAAAACAUUUUGGGAGAAGUCAAACCUCACUCAGCAUCAGAGAGCACACACAGGAGAGAAACUCUAUGAAUGUACUGAAUAUGGAAAAUCCUUUGGCCAGAAACCACACCUUACCAACCAUCAGCAAACACAUACAGGUGAAAAACCCUAUGAAUGUAAACAAUGUGGAAAAACAUUCUGUGUGAAGUCAAAUCUCACUGAACAUCAGAGAACACAUACAGGGGAGGAACCCUAUGAAUGUAAUGCAUGUGGGAAAUCCUUCUAUAACAGGUCAGCCCUAACUGUACAUCAGAGAAUGCACACAGGAGAGAAACCCUUUAUAUGUAAUGAAUGUGGGAAAUCCUUCUGUGUGAAGUCAAACCUCAUUGUACAUCAAAGAACUCACACAGGGGAGAAACUGUAUAAAUGUAAUGAAUGUGGGAAAACCUUCUUUGAAAAAUCAGCUCCCACCAAACAUCAGAGAACACACACAAGGGAGAAACCCUAUGAAUGUAAUGUAUGUGGGAAAACCUUCAGCCAGAGGUCAGUACUAACUAAACAUCAGAGAAUUCACACAAGGAUGAAAGCCCUCUCAACAUCCUGA